AUGAUAAAAAUUAAGCGGACCGCCCCAAGGUUUCAGCCCGGCGGGGGCGCGCAUGCGCAUACCCACAGCGCUGACGCCGCUCGGCGGAAGCUUCCAGGUUGGGCGCGCGCUGGCCCGGCGGGAGGCGGUUGCCAUGGAGACGCGUGGCCCUGCCGGGGCCCUUUGCGCCCAGAGCCACUGGCUGGGAGGCUGCCUCUGUUGGACUGUCCCAGGCGCAGGUGGCGGUCCCCCAGGCGGAUGGACUGCCGCGCUGGGGCUGGGGCGUCGGGUUACGGCGAAGGGGGCGAGGACGACGGGGAUGAGGACGAGGAGCGGGAGGGCGGCGCGGCGGGGUUGGGGUCCAAGCUGCCGCCCAUCGGGGGCAGUGCCUCAGAGCUGACCAAGCGGAAAGUGAAGAAGAAAAAGAAGAAAAAGACCAAAGGGUCGUGCAAGGGGGACGAUAAACAUCAGAGUCGGAGCCUGAAAAGCCAGCAGCUUUCUUCAUCCUCUCACGACAUCUUAAAUCCCAGCAAAGACCACGGCCCAAGGCCAGAGCGCAGACAGGACAAACAGGAAAGCAAGCACGUCCCUCCUUACUCUUCCACCGUCAGUCUCCCCCACUUUGCUGAAGUAGCAGAGAAUCUUUCGAACCAGAUCAACGAAAGUCUGCGUUGGGACGGAAUUCUCUCUGACCCGGAGGCAGAGAAAGAGAGGAUCCGCGUAUAUAAACUGAAUCGGAGAAAGCGGUACCGGGUUUUGGCCCUCAAAGGCUUCCACUCUGAUCCCUGUGCCGAGGAGACCCCUGAGAACCUACCCUACCUCUCAGACAAAGACUGCAGUUCCAACAGCAGGCAGCCCGCAGUGAAAGGCGACCGCCCUAAUCACUGCUUUGAAGGAAACUUCAUCCCAAAGCCCAUACACUCUGAUUUAGUUACCCUCCUGCCAGAGUAA